UUGAACGCUCGCAGAUUUCGUGUAGCUAUUUAGUCGUUUUGUAAUUCAAUAACGAACGCAGUGUAUGCGGUGAACGCGUGAAUCUCUUUUUGCCAUGUUAGCCAUAAACAGUUGUCAUCGUUCUCACUUUUUUACGGGUGACAUAUUCGCGUGUUCCGAUUCAACGAGGCGACUACACUCAAUCGUCGAACCGGUUGCAGAACGAUCGAUCGAUAGUGCACAAUCGUGUUCGCGAUCCUAGUUUAUCUAGCAUUUAGCAUGAAUAAUUAGCUUUCUAAGCGAUACGUUCAAAACAAAUGGUAAAUACGAUAUAUUCUACGAAUAGCUUUUAUUUAUUAUAUCAUGAAAAGAGCUCUCUAUUUGUCGUGAUAAUAAAAACGCAACAGUGAAUAUCGCCGUUUUCAGGACUCCCUUGUCAAUUUUGUACCCCUUGUUAUUGUUUAUGCGACUUACCGUAUAUCGUUUAUUCCUUAUUUCGCGACUUUAUCAUAUUUUCUUAACUCGUUGGACUUCCAAAUAAACUAAUUAUUCGCGUACACAGAUAUUAUACAUUUUUGCUUUUGCAAGCGAAACAAAUACGUAGAAUUUUACAAAUUAUAAUAUUGCGUUACAAACAUUAUUUCUCUUUAGGUAUAGGAGUAAAUUCGCGAUUAUGAUACGUACUGUAUAUCGAAUUUGUUCGCAGGUAAAAGGUCAUAAGGAUAUCUUUUCAUUGAAAAGGCAAGGAUCAUCGAACAUGACGAAUAUCAACGCAGUGCCUGUACCUCGGAACCAAAAUACCGCAUUAAAUUCCACUAGUUUUCACUUGUCGAAUGGGAUCGAAAAUGUAAUCGACAAGAUCGAGAAUCUUCGGCUUACUCACGACACGGUCGAUCAAUCGAAUGAAAUACGCGAUUUCGACGCGUAUCGGACGAAACACAGCGUACGAAGAGUCCCCGGCUGUCAAACGUCGAACAAUAACGACAUCUACGACUGCGAUCAUAACCAUGAUAGGGAGAACGAUCGAAACGAUCUGAUUGAACGGGGACCGAUUAAAUCGCAAUUUUGUUCGCUGACUCGCAGUCAACCUUACUGGACGAGCGUUGAACAGCCACGGAAUUUUCAAGCAAACGAAACAUUUCCAAUCGAUUACGAUAAAACCGCGGAACAAAUUCUACGUGAUAAAGAAUGUAGUGAAAAAUUGAACGCCUGUCUCGAUCAAUUACAAGAUUUGGAGAGAACGAGCUGCACUUACGAUAGUAACGCUAGAGAUGAAGAUAAAUCGCAAGUCUAUAGUUUAAGGAAGGAUUUUUCUUCGACUCCAUCGACGAUCGUCGGGAACGCUUUAAGCGACGACUUGUUAUUAUUGGAGAAUGUGCUAUGCGGAGCUUUUCAAGCCGCCCAACACGUAACAAAGAAGAGUUUCCUUCGUUCGCAGGAAACGGUGGAAGCUUUCUUCGAUACUUGUUUGACCGAUGGUAAUACGAUCGUUUCCAGUUCUGAGAGCUGUGAAUCGAAUCGUACUCACUCGCCGGCUUUGCCCAUUUCUACACAAUCUUCGGGAAGAUCGCAACCAAAGACGAAUCACAGCCCAAUCGGCUCUCCUCGGAUCACAGUCACAUCAACGUGCAGACCGGCGCAGAUUUUCUCCUGUUCUUCAAGCUGUUCGCCUUCUUCUUCGAAUCAGUCGUACGGUGACACAUCAAGUCCGAACAGUUCGUUUACGUAUCAGACAACAGCCGGUUCGCGAAUCGAGGAACGAUUCAAACAGGAUUUCGAAAAUUUCCAGUUUUGCAGGCUCGAUGGCGAUACUGUCGUCUCCAACACCGUAGUAAAUAAUAUCGACGAUAAUGAACUGUGGUCACAAGUGAUGGAUGAACUAGUGAAUAAUUUAAACGGAGAAAAAGACAAAGUGGGAGAAACAUAUUUGCAGGACCCUUCGAAAGUGGAAAACGCCACGAAUACGAUUACCUUCCAAACCAAUAACUUGCAGCAAGUCCGACACUCUUCGAAUCGCGAUGAUAUCCCCAACGAAGGUGUAACGGUUGCGAAACCUGUGUCUUGGUCCGAUGUAUCGUAUCCUCUGGUAUCACGAGCUAACAUUCCUCAGAAAGAUACCCAGAAGAUCGAAACGACGGACAAUGCUAUAAAUGCGCCUUUGCUUUCAAGUUACACAAAAUAUGAUAAAAGUUACGGUACUCUAGUUAAACAACGUCCGGCAGAAACAAUCAGUACGAAGGACGAUAUCCAUCAUGAGCGUAAUUUCUCCCCGUUGUUUAACUCGUUUGGUGACUCCUCGCCAACCGCGGGCGCGAUCAUCGCUACCAAUUUCAGCUUUGAUGAUUUUACUACGAAAAGCUUACCAACGAGUCCUAAAGACGAUUAUCAAAUCCCAAAGAUGGUUGCUUCGUUCGAAGAUCAUUCUCAGCAACGCUGUUUUAGCAAUUCCGAUCGAAAUACGAUACCCUGGUCAUCGUUAAAUUUGCCAUCUGUAAAAGCAAGCGAAAAAUUGAAAGAAAAAUUGGAUCCGCAAGAAGUGAAGAAGGCUAUGAUUAGUCUGCUUAAACGGUCGGCAAAAGAACUAGCCAAACAGGACAAAGAUGGAGAUACAAAACUGAUGUGCUUGGUUGGCAACCCGAACGAACUUGUUCAAAAGAUGGCCUAUUUGGUACCACUCGUAGAACGUAUGAGUACAAUCACAGGAGCUUUAACGAUUAUGAACAAUCGCGGCGAUGAUGCGCUUUACUUGGCUGCUCUGAAUUGUCCACAAUUUCCGUUCGUUGCUGGUUAUUUAGCUGCGACUAUGUUGGAAAAAGGAAUCAACUUCACUCAACGAUUGUAUCAUACUCGAGGGGAUACACUGAUACAUUCGAUCGCUUCACAAGGGGAUUCUCAUGAAGAAACUCUAGCUGAAUUGUUGGCUUUGAGAACCAUUCAAGGGAACCGGCUAUUUGACCUAUCGAAACGUAACUAUGAUGGUAGAACAGCGCUCCACAUUGCGAUCGAAUCGCAUAUACCAUUUACAAAAGGAAUCACGUCAUUGGGAACGAUAAAACUACUGUUAAAAUACGGAGCAGAUCCUAGAAUCAAAGAAACAAAAUAUGGGAACAAUGCAUUACAUAUGGCGGUUUCUUUGGAUUGCGAUCCUGUUCUUGUAAAGUUAUUACUGGAUACUUGGGCUUCUGAUUUGGUGAACGCCGUCAAUUACAAUCACGACACAGCGUUGCACGCGGUAGCAGCUAUGUCGACCAACGUUUCCUUCGACAGGCAGAAGGAAGUGUGUUGGCUAUUGGUUCAGGCCGGAGGCCACACGAAUUUACUGAAUCAUGAAGGAAAAACACCGUUAGAUCUUGUUUCCACGGACAGGAAGGGAGCUAUCAGAGAGAUUUUUCACAAGAGGUCUUAAGGACGAACGUAGCAUCGCAAUAUUUUAAUAUUGCAAUGUUGCUACACCGCACUCUCUCGUAUCGUUUUACAUAUACGUAUAUUAUCGUUCACGCAUCUUAUCAUUCGAACUGUUUCUCUGCUACAGACCGUCUUUUAUACAGUCUCCCAAAUAUGGAUAAGAAAACAAAUCAAUUUCGAUAACAGCAAUUAGGUUGUAGAAAUAUCGUUAUACAGAUCCAUGAUACAAAUACACAGUUGAGAUGUAA